AUGGCUCGACUCUCUCUCCUGACCCUUCUCGCUCUGGGCUCUGCGGCUCUGGCCAAAAAGGAUACAUUUCAGACUAAGUGUGCUGCCCUGCAACACAAAGUCAAAUUGCCCAAUGUCCACGUGAAUUUUGUUGAGUAUGUCCCUGGAGGGACGAACCUCGACCUUCCCGACAACGCGCCCAGCUGUGGCGCAUCGUCUCAGGCUGUAUCAACGGAUAUGUGCCGCAUUGCCAUGGCUGUCGACACCUCUGACAGUAGCCAGAUCACACUGGAAGCGUGGUUUCCGCGUGACUACACUGGCCGGUUUUUGAGCACUGGUAACGGUGGGCUUUCUGGCUGCAUUCAAUACUACGAUCUUGCCUAUGCCGCCGGUCUCGGAUUUGCAACUGUCGGUGCCAACAAUGGCCACAACGGAACGUCGGGCGAGCCUUUCUAUCAGCACCCUGAAGUUGUCGAAGACUUUGCACAUCGGUCUGUUCACACCGGAGUUGUGGUAGGCAAGCAACUCACCAAGCUGUUUUACGACAAGGGCUUCAAGAAGUCCUAUUAUCUGGGCUGCUCUACCGGUGGAAGACAGGGGUUCAAGUCCGUCCAAAAGUAUCCUAAGGACUUUGACGGCAUUGUGGCUGGUGCACCCGCCUUCAACUUUGUGAAUCUGAUCUCCUGGAGUGCCUAUUUCUACUCGCUCACCGGAUCCAACACUUCCGAAAGCUACCUUUCCCCUGCUAUGUGGAAAAUCGCGCAUGAUGAGAUUGUGCGGCAGUGCGAUGAACUUGAUGGGGCGAAAGAUGGCAUCAUUGAGGACACCGAUCUCUGCCAUCCAAGGCUCGAAACCAUCAUUUGCAAACCCGGUGCCAAGGACACGGCCAAUUGUCUCACUGGUGCCCAGGCAAAGACCGUCCGCGAUGUCCUUUCUCCAAUGUAUGGAGUGAACGGCACUCUGCUCUAUCCUCGCAUGCAGCCAGGCUCCGAGGUGUAUGCCGCGGGUAUCAUGUACAACGGCGAGCCUUUCCAAUACAGCACCGAUUGGUACCGUUACGUCGUUUAUAACAAUCCUGACUGGGAUGAUACCAAGUGGAGUGUCGAGGAUGCCGCUGCCGCUUUGGCGCAGAACCCUUAUGACAUCCAGACAUUCGACGCGGAUAUAUCUUCGUUCCGCGGGGCUGGUGGUAAAGUCCUGACUUACCACGGCUUGCAAGACCAGAUGAUUAGCUCGGAUAAUUCCAAGUUGUACUAUGCGCGGGUGGCAGAGACCAUGAAGCUGCCCCCUAGCGAGCUCGACGAGUUCUACCGCUUCUUUCCUGUCAGCGGCAUGACGCACUGCGCUGGAGGAGACGGCGCGUAUGGCAUUGGCAACGGACUCGGGUCAUAUAACGGGGUUGAUCCGGAGAACAACGUCCUUAUGGCGAUGGUGCAAUGGGUGGAGAAGGGGAUUGCCCCGGAGUUCAUUCGUGGUGCCAAAUUUGCCGAAGGACCCGGUUCUGCUGUCGAGUAUACUCGCAAACAUUGCAGAUACCCUCGGAGAAACGUGUACAAGGGACCAGGCAACUAUACUGACGAGAACGCAUGGGAGUGUGUUUAG